CAAAACGCCCAACAAGGAACUCGCUUCCUGGUCGGCUCCGCCAUUUUCAGUGAAUUCACAGCUUUCCGGAGCCGCAACGCUCCUCCGCCGUGACGCGACGCAGCUUCGACCCACGACGAUGCGAUCGGCAGCCUCGGCCUCGUCGACCCUCUCGGCCUCGUGACCCGGAGCUGCAUUCACGGGACGGAAGGGAAGGGAAGGGAAGGGAGGAAGGACAGCGCGCGCGAGGUGAGGGGGAAGAAAAAUGGGAGGGAGCGCGUUGGGAUCGGCGUUCGAUCUGAGAUCGGGCCAUAUGAUAAUGGCGGCCCUGCUGUUGAUGGCCGGGUCGUUCUACGCGGGCACCCUCUUCGGCAACAAAGUCCCCAUCUACGUCCCUCGGCCGCUCUCCGACUCCAGCUCCAACCCCAAUUCCACUUCUUCUUCCUCCUCUGCCCGUGAUUCUUCUGGGCUGUCUGCAUUUCCAAACAAAGUUGAACUCACUUACAGAAAAGCACCUCUUGUGAUCCCCGAAAGUGGGAUGGAUGUGUGCCCAUUGACAUUUAAUGAAUAUAUCCCUUGCCAUGAUGUAAACUAUGUGAAAGAAUUGCUGCCUACGUUAAAUCUAUCACGAAGGGAAGAGCUUGAGAGGCAUUGCCCUCCACCUGAAAAGCGUCUGUUUUGCUUGGUUCCUCCGCCAGAAGGUUAUAAGAUACCAAUAAGAUGGCCACUCAGUAGGGAUUACGUCUGGCGGACGAAUGUGAAUCACACACAUCUUGCUGAAGUAAAAGGAGGACAAAAUUGGGUCCAUGAGUUUAAUCAGUUGUGGUGGUUCCCUGGUGGUGGUACUCACUUCAAGCACGGGGCUGCUGAGUACAUUCAAAGGUUGGGAAAUAUGACAACUAAUGAGGCAGGUGACUUACGUUCAGCGGGUGUGGUUCAAGUUCUAGACGUUGGUUGUGGAGUGGCCAGCUUCUCAGCAUAUCUUCUUUCUUUGGGCAUACAAACAAUGUCUUUUGCUCCAAAAGAUGGACAUGAAAAUCAAAUUCAGUUUGCUUUAGAGCGUGGAAUUGGUGCAAUGAUUGCUGCGAUAGCUACAAAACAACUGCCAUAUCCUUCCAGUUCGUUUGAGAUGGUUCAUUGUUCAAGGUGCCGUGUUGAUUGGCAUGAGAAUGAUGGUAUUCUACUCAAAGAAGUAAAUCGCCUUCUGCGUCCUAAUGGAUAUUUCGUCUACUCCGCUCCUCCUGCUUAUAAAAAGGAUAAAGAAUUCCCAAUGAUAUGGGAUAAGUUGGUCAAUUUGACUGGAGCAAUGUGCUGGAAACUCAUUGCGAAGAAAGUUCAAACUGCAAUUUGGAUUAAACAGAAUGACCAGUCAUGUCUUCAACGUAAUGUGGAGGAGAAGCUCCUGAAUCUAUGUGAGACAACUGAUGAAUCAAAACCAUCAUGGAAUGUUCCACUGCAGAACUGCAUAUCAUUAAGUACUGCAGGAGCAGAUUCUGAAAAGCUCCCUCCCAGACCAGAACGCCUUUCAUUAUAUUCCAAAAGCCUCAGCAAGCUAGGUUUCAGUCCAGAAGAAUUUGCUUCUGACACAAUCUUUUGGCAAGAACAAGUUCAACGCUACUGGGAAUUAAUGAAGAUCAAUGAAGCUGAAAUUAGAAAUGUGAUGGACAUGAAUGCAGUCUUGGGUGGAUUUGCCGUGGCUUUGAACACAUUUCCUGUUUGGGUGAUGAAUGUAGUCCCCAUUAGCACAAGUAAUACAUUAUCUGCAAUUUAUGAUCGAGGUUUGGUUGGCACUUUUCAUGAUUGGUGUGAACCAUUCUCCACAUACCCUCGGACCUAUGAUCUCUUGCAUGCGAAUAAUCUUCUUGCUUACUAUAAGAGUGGUGGAGAAGGUUGCUUGCUGGAGGAUAUAAUUCUGGAGAUGGAUCGCAUUUUGCGUCCAGAGGGGUAUAUCAUCAUCAGAGAUGAGGAAUCAACUAUACAAAGAAUCCGAGAUAUUGCUCCUAAAUUCCUGUGGGAAGUCGAGUCGCAUAUGCUCGAAAACAAAGAGAAAAAACCGGAGAAUGUGUUGGUCUGUCAGAAAAUGUUCUGGGCAAUUGUAUGACCUGCCCUGUCCUGUGAAGGUAGUUUGUUGCUAAUCACAGUAGAGUCCGUUUAUUCUUUUCUUCUCCCUUCCCUUUUGGCUGUAACACAAGUGUUCUUGUAAUUGUUAAUCCAUUGGCCAUGUCUUCUCAGCUGCUUCCCCUCCCCUCACUCGUGCCAAUUUUAUCGGCAUUUUGCUUUACGUAUAAAGUCCAAAUGAACUUAAGAA